UUCAGCGAGAUGGCCACGCUGAGUGUGAAGCCAGGGCAGCGGUUCUCGGUGCCAGACUGGCACACCAGCUCCCACUUCAUCUCAGCUGAUGCUGAGAACACACGUUCUGCUUCCCACCAAAUCCGGCAGGAAGCCCGAGCCCUCCGCAAUGAAACCAACAACCAGGCGAAGUGGGAUGAGCACGACAACCGAACCCGCCUGGCUGAACGGAUCAGCAGCGUGAACAGAUGGAAGGAGACCUUGGACAAAUGUCUUGCAGACACAGAUGCGGAAAUCGAAGCCUUAUCCAAAGUGAAGGAGGCUGCAGAACGUGCUCUCCAGGCCAAGAACCUGCGUCUGGAUGUUUCCAUCGAGUGCCUGACGCUCCGCGAGAGCCGCCGCGCCAUCGACGUGGUGCGGGACCCUGUGGAGGAGGAGCUGCACAAGGAGGUCAAGCUGAUAGAAAAAGCCAAGAAAGAGCUGCAGCAGAAAGUGCACGAAGCCUUUGAACAGCUCUGCCUCCUGCAGGAAGCUCGGCAGCAGCUGAGCUGGGACCACAGGUGCAAGACAGAAGCCUUGGAAUUAGAUAAUGUGUGUUUGUCCCUCAACGUCAACUGUCCCAACAUCACCUUCAAGGUCAACCCAACGCGGAUCCCAAAUGGAUCAACUACACCUGAGGAGUGGCAGCAGAAUAGCCAGUCCAACAAGGAUCGUGCCGAAGCAGAAAUGAAGGCUUCCACUGAGCUCCGAGAAGCAAUAGUGCUGCUCAUUGCCCAGACAAACAACGAGCUGGAGGCGCAGCGAGUGGCCACAGAGUUUGCCUUUCGCAAGAGGAUCAGAGACAUGGAAAGAGCCCAUGGGGAGCUGAAAUGGCAGGAGCAGAAUACCAUGGAAGAAAUUGCUGAGAUGGAGGAGGACAUCCGGCGCCUGGAGGAAGAUCUCCGCAGGAAAGUGCAGGACCUGAAGGUGGCACACACCCGCCUGGAGACCCGCACGCAGCGACCCUGGGCAGAUCUGUGUCGGGACCAGGUGCAGUUUGGGCUGACAGAUGAGGUCUACCAGCUGGAGGGGACAAUCCGUGCGCUCAGGCAGAAGCUGGCAGAGUCACAGGAUGCCUUGAAUGCUCUUCAGAGACAACUCCACCGCAUCCAGACAGAUAUUGGCUACAAAGCCAAUUCCCUGAUGCUGGACAACAAGUGCAUGGACAUCCGGAAAAAACUCGUGGUCCCCGUCGAGAAUUUUGUGCCAGAUCUUGACACUUUCAACAGGACCAUGAACCGUGUGCCCUCGCCAGUGGAGAAGGGGCAGCCAGAGUUGGCUUAG